CCGUCAUUCAUGGCUGCGUCUCCGCCCACCGAGGCUGACAGUAACCUGAGUUUCAGGAUUUCUGACAGAAACACGUCGACUCGCUCGGACAAAGUAUGACGAUGGCAGAAGCAGCAGCUCCAGAUCUGUUCUCGGAGCAGGAGUUAACCUGCUCCAUCUGUCUGGAUCUGUUCGAUGAACCCGUCUCGACUCCCUGCGGACACAACUUCUGCCAGGCGUGUAUCGGAGGUUACUGGGCGUCCAGUCCGGUCUGCACCUGUCCUCUCUGUAAACGGCAGUUUGACGAACGUCCUCAACUCAGCGUCAACAAAGUCUUCGCUCUCAUAGCGGAUAAAUACAAACUGGCUCGUUACGGUGCCGCGGGGUUACCGAUGCCGGUCAGGAACAGGACGGCGCCGCAGAUGGGCGCCGCGAUGACGACCACGGACACCGUGAGCACCAACCCGUUCUUGACGGCGUCGGGUGAAGAGGUGGUGUGGUGUGACGUCUGUACAGGCGUUAAACAGCCCGCCGUCAGCUCUUGCCUCACCUGCACCGCCUCAUACUGCGCUGAGCACGUGCAGCCGCAUCAGACCACACCCUUCUACGCCAAACACCCACUGAUGGACCCCCAGGAGGCCCUCAGGGGCCGCACAUGCUCGAUACACCGCCGCCUGCUGGAGGUCUACUGUCGGACAUGUCAGCGCUGCAUCUGUGCCAUCUGCGUCCUGGAGGAACAUCGAACACACAAAACCGUCUCCGUCCAAACCGAGAGACUCAGCAAACAGAAACAGGUAGCGAGGACGGAGCAGGAGAUCCUGAACCGGAUCAAAGAGAAGGAGAUUCACGUGACUCAGCUGAGGAGGAAACUGGAGGGGGUCAAAAACUACGCAGACGCAGAACGAGGCGAGGUGGAACACCUCCUGGACGAAGUGUCCGGCUGUUUGGACAGGAUCCGGUCUCAGGUAGUGGGCGGGAUCGAGAACCAGCUGGAUGCCGUGAUGUCAAAGGGGGAGGGGCUGGUGAGCCGUCUGGAGAUGGAGCUCAGCCAGCUGAUGGAGAGGAGGGCCACGCUGGAGGUCCAGGCCAUCAGUCAGGAUCACAUCGGCUUCCUGCAGAGUUAUGAGAAGGCUACAGCUCCUCUGGCUGAGGAUCAGCAGGACGAGGUGGAUGAGGAUGAGGAGUUCUCCCUCCACUUCCAGCUGGGGGAGGUGAAGAGCUCUCUGUCUGAGGUGAAGGACAAGAUGGAUGACAUCAGGAUGGGGGAGGUCCGCUCCAGAGGGUCCAGAGGGUCUUUCUCGUCUGGUGAUCUGAUGGUGGCAGAGAGCAUGCUCAGUCUGAGAGGAAGCAGCGCCAGUCUGAGGAAGAGUCAGUGGUCUCUGAGAGAUCUGAAGAGGAACAAACCUGUCUCAGGACACAAGAAGGCCCGAGUCUACAUGGAGGACGUGAUGUUGAACCCGGUGACAGCGUAUCCUUUCCUGAUCCUGUCUGAGGACAGGAAGCAGGUGAAGCGAGGAGAGAAGCUGCAGUUCUACAGGAACAGUCAGCAGCGCUUUGACGUCUGGUCCUGCGUCAUCGCUAAGGAGGGCUUCAGUACCGGGCGACACUACUGGGAGGUGUCUGUUGGGGAGAGUAAGGACUGGAAGCUGGGUGUGGUCAGUGAGUCGGCUCAGAGGAAAGGCCUGUUUGAUAUGAGUCCUGCUAACGGAUACUACGCCAUCUGGUGGAGCGGCAGCCAACUGCGAGCGCUGACAGCCCCGCCUCUGACCAAGGUGAAGAGUCCUCCGAAGCUGCGUCAGGUGGGCGUGUUCCUGGAUGUGGACGAGGGUCAGGUGUCCUUUUACAACGUGAAGUCGGGCUCAGAGAUCUACAGCUUCACUGGAUCCUCCGAGUUCACCGAGAGGAUGUUUCCCCUGCUGGGCACCGGAGACAAAGAGGUCCCCCUGGUCCUCAUGACCACUCAGCACCACCUGGCCUGAGGGACGAGGGACGGGACCAGAUGCGGGGACAAAGACGGGACGGGGAGACAGAUGAAACAGAUUUUGGUUUGUUCACCUGACAGAUGUGGAAAUAAUCCGAAACCACCAUGACAGCACGUGUUCCUCAUUGUUACGAGAUCGUUUUCACAUUCCAGCAAAGAUUUCUGACGAGAAACUCAGCACUUGGUUUUGUGCCGGUGGAAACGAUGCGCUGCAGUAAGAAACUCCAUGACGUUUCUGGAGUUUGGUUUUCAGGUUCAUGGAGGCAGGAAAUCUCUGAAGAAUCCUGUUAAAACAUCUGCUCCGAGCCGUAAGGAGGCUCAAAGAGGUCGAUCAUUAAAGUCAGAAAUAAAAUGUUGUCAAAUAAAUAAAUUUGCAAAUAGAGUGAAAUUUAUACGUAGAGUGUGUAAUAAUUAAAUUAUUAAAACUCAUGAUGAAUUAAUGACCUUGGAGUUGCCUCCGCACCCUCAUCUUUCAGCCAAUCAUGAGGAUUCACCGAUGACACCUGUGUCACCUGUCUGAACUGUCUGUUUUAAUGUUCAUGAGUAAAGCUGUUAAUAAAGACAUCACAAA